AUGCCUCACGAAUAUCACGAAUAUGACAACACCCCGCCAGAGUUGGUUCUUGAGCGCGUCAAAGAUGCAACCAUCAUCAUCGUAACACGAGUACAUUUGACUUCGGAAGUCGUCUCACAAUGUCCUAAUCUUCAAUUUAUCGCAGUUAUGGGAAUUGGGUACAACACCAUCGAUAUAACUGAGUGCCGGAAACAUAAUAUUGCAGUCAGCAACUGCCCAGCGAGUUCCUCGGAAGCAGUGGCCGAGCAUGCAUUUGCGCUAUACUAUGCAGCCAAAAGACGCAUCGUGGAUAUGCAUCUCAUGACCUUGAAGGCAGAGGAGUGGCCUGUUAAGAGUAGUGUCUUUGGAAUGUACCCGCAUCUCCCUCGAGUAGCUCGCCAUGAAACGAUGGGGAUAAUUGGAUAUGGAGCUUUAGGGAAACACAUCGAAAAAAUCGCGAAAGCAUUGUCUAUGACGGUCCUAAUCGCCGAUCGGAAAAGUGUGGCAAGUCUUCGCCCUGGCCGUACAUCUUUCGUUGACACACUCCAAAAAUCCACAGUGCUGAUGAUCGGCUGUCCGCUGGACGAGACUUCACGGGAUAUGAUCGGAGAGGGGGAAUUGAAGAUGAUGCAGCCAACAGCUAGUCUGAUUAAUGUUGCAAGAGGAGGGGUGGUGAACGAAAAGGCAUUGGUAAAGGCACUGAAGGAAGGAACAAUCGCGAAUGCAGCGACGGACGUGUUUGAGAUUGAGCCCGCCACUUCAGCGAAUCCGCUGAUUUCAGAGACUCCUCCAAACUUGACUCUUUCGCCUCAUAUUGCGUGGUAUGCUGAUGCAAGCUUGGAGAAUUUGCAAAGGAUUGUGAAGGAGAAUAUCGAGGGUUUUGUGAGGGGAGAGCCGGUGAAUCUCGUGACUUUGAGCCCCUGAGUUUUAAUCGAUAAGCGAGAGCUUCACAAUGUUUUCAUAUCACCGUCCG